AUGGCUAUGACACGAAUAGAAUGGUUUGAUGAUAUUUCUCGCAUUCUAUGGUAUGGCGAGAUGGAAUCAGCUGAUGAGCAUGAGUACGAAAACGUUUCAAUAAAUCAGACCCGGUUGGCUACCGCUUUAUGCAGAGAUCUAGAUGUCACGGCUUCGUGCUCUCCUUCAUUGAAUCUCAAGAAUGAAAUUCUGUACUGCUGCCCAGUUGACGAGAACCUGGCUACGACUCGUACAAUGAAGAUGCUGUAUAUUAAACUAAAAAUUGAGUUGUACCGUACGACCACAAGUAUAUCUCUGUACCAGGUUUUCGCAGAAUACAAAUUAACCGACUGUUACUACCGCCCCGAUAUGUGCAAUAUGGCAUGA